GAGAGGUUGGCAGGCGUUCUUAUUCAACUCAAAGGCGUCACUGGUGUUUGUCAAAUCGACUUUUUCUUUCUACUGAAUUCUAAUUGAAGGAGACAGUCCCCAACGGUGUCGCUCUGGCAACUGAAUUAUGUUUGAUAAUUCACAGUAUCCAUAUAAUUGUUUUAAUUAUGAUGGAGAUGGCUACCCCCCAUGUAGCUCUGAUGAGGAGAGAAAAAUAUGCAGACCUGCCUACAGUUACAUCGCACUUAUAGCAAUGGCCAUCCAGCAGAGCCCAGAGAACAGAGUGACCCUGUCAGGGAUCUACGAGUUUAUCAUGAAGCGGUUCCCCUACUACAGGUCCAACCAGAGGGCCUGGCAGAACUCUAUCCGACACAACCUCUCCCUCAACAGCUGCUUCAUCAAGGUGCCCCGAACAGAAGGCAAUGAGAAGGGAAAGGGAAAUUUCUGGACGUUCGCCUCAGGCUGUGAGUCCAUGCUGGACCUUUUUGAGAACGGCAACUUCCGCCGUCGGAGGCGCCGCCGCAACCUCAAGGUCGGCUUUCGCGAGCCGGACGCCCCGCGUCCCCGGGACUCGGAGCCCUUCUGCCCGUCGGCCCCCUGUGACAGAUCGGGUCAGCUCAACCCGGCACUGAGCAAGCCCGAGCCGGAGAUCAAGUUCAGCAUCGACUACAUCCUGUCCACCCCGGACCCCCACCCAGGCUUCAGACCCCACCACUGUGGUGCUGCCACCGCCGGACCCUCCAUAGCGCUGUUGGAGCCCCAGCACCUCAACCUGCACUUCUGGACCCUGUGACACCCCCCCCUCCCCUCCCCCAAUGUCUGGAUAUUCAUCUCUGUGGCAAGCAAAUCCUACCUGACCUGCCAAAACAAAUUGAGAAGUGGGAUCACACAGACUUGUGGUACGGUAAACACUGUAGAAAUGUACAGAAUUGACAUAUAGAGACUAUAUCCUACGAAAAUAAUGUAUACAUUCCUCUCAUGUCCCCUUGCUGUGCUGAAGGAAGCUAUUAGAGUGGUUAGUGUGGGUGGUCUGCCACUUGACCAUAUCUAUACCAGUCAUUAGUCCACAGAAGUAAUCAGAAAACAGUAGCAUUUGGACACAAUCUUUUACUUUGUGGUUAAAGAUCAGUCCUGGAGCAUAGUUUACAUUUCCCCUCAGUGCUGGUUUAUCUAAAUGUAUUUAAUCUAAUUUAAGAAUUUAUGUAAUUCCUUCAUGUCCUUUAACUAUGUUCCUCAUCAGGAGAACAUGGUUACUAUGAGAAGUAUCACUGUGUCCAACAUUAGGGCAAUGCUCUAAUUUGUCCUAAAAGUUCUACAUGUUUAUCUUGCAGAACAAAGCACAAAGUUGUAAACAAGCUAGAUACACAUGGUCAUGCAAUAUGUAUGUAUUUACGCCUUAAUAUGUUGUGUCUAAUAUUAUCAUAGAAAACUUAGUAAACUACAGAAAAGAACAAAUCAAUUUACAUGCUCAAAGAUAAAAAAAAGAAGAUUGUGUGAGGACAAAGGGUCUUACACACAAAAUGUGAUAUUAACAAAAAGACUUAGUGAUAACAAAAUGACUUGAGUUUUGUAAAAAUCAGCUUCACUACAGUACUUGGUUCAUUGCUGCCACUCUACAGAUCCAUACCAGCCAGUCUAUGCAAAACACCCAGUUUCAUUUGAAACCAGGCAGUCUAGCAUCUCCAGUGGUGUUUUGAUUUGUUUCAGUAUCUGGACAUAGUCUUGGAGAUGUGUUAUUGCAGUUCCUUUAAAAACACCUUGUAUUACGAAACACUGAUAGUGCAGUAAUGACUGCUGAGAAGGGAAAAAAUGUGUACAUUUUGGAUAAGAACCAUGUUUAUGUUUACACCAGGCUUAUCUCCAAACACCAUGAUGUUUACAGCUUAUGAAGAGGCCAAACCGUUCUGCUGCACAUUAUAUAUCAGUGUUUUAUUUAAAUAGGUUAUGUCCAACAUAAAGAUAGGCAACACUGUGGUCUUGUUCCUAGAUGAUUUAGGUGUGGAAUUGGGUGUCUCUGCGGUAAAAAGUUGAUACAACUGAAUGUUCCGUUACCGCAUCAUAUUUGUAAAUACUUGUAAAGUGAGCGUGUUUUUGUUGUAUUAUAAACGAUUGUUUGAAGCACUGUAUGUACCAAAGACCAAUGUUACAAGACAAAAUUGGUUUAAGGAUAAUUGUGAGUGGCAUGUAUGGUCAAAACAAUCAAAAAUGCAAAUAAAUGAUCACUGUUUCAGUAUACAAAAUGACUAAAAUAGCUGAUUCAUUUACUGGGAAAGAUUUUUAAGUGACUGUAAUUGUCAGAUGAUAAAUAUUAGGAAAACACUUGGGAAAUCUCACAAAACUGCAGUCAAACAGUUCAAAUCAGUGACAAUUAACAUAUUGCAAAUCAAUCUAGCCCAACCUUUCACAAGUCCCUAUAAUCUAUCUUAUUGACCUUUUCAGUUUGCUUGGAACUGAGACCUUACAAAUUUGAUGCAAACACUCCAUUAAAAUAAAAUCCCCUCAUAAAGGCGGGAGUUCACAGCACGGAUUCCUGUUAACAUUUAUUUCCCUUUCUAGGUGUAUCAAUCAUCCCUUGCUUUUGUGCUUGUGAAGGGACAUUUUACAAUUUAACCUUUAUAUUAUGGUGUGACUACAUCAGGAGAGGUUUUCAACACACUUAACAUGAGUGGCAUUUAAUAUAGUGUUACACUUGCAAGGUGAGCCGGAGAUGUGACCUUAUUCAAAUCCAGCUGCCACGACAACGCCGCUCUAGACGCAAUUAUAAUUAAACGGCCUUAUGCCGG